GUCGUCGAUUUGACAGAUCAGGUCAGAGUCCAACUUUUAUGAAGUUUAUAGCAACUUUUAGGGCAUUAUUAUAGUAUUUUUAGUUACUUUACAUCGUUCCAGAGUCAUCCCAAGUUAGCUGUGAUAUCCCGUAGGAGUCCACUCAGCCAUGGCAUCCCACAUAGCGAAAACUUUGUUGAAAACUUCACAUGCCAGCUCGACGAUCAAAUUUGAUACUGCCAGGCGUGCCCUGAGCGUCGGGGCAGCGCUACAGCAAAAGAAAACCCUCAAAGACCGCACGGGCAAAAAUGUGGUGCUCGUGGAUGGCGUCCGCACCCCCUUCCUCGUCUCCUUCACCGACUACUCCAAGAUGAUGCCCCAUGAGCUUGCGAGACACGCCCUGUUGGGUCUCUUGCAAAAGACCGGCAUAGACAAGGAGUUGAUUGACUACAUCAUCUACGGCACGGUCAUCCAGGAGGUGAAGACAUCCAACAUUGGCCGCGAGGCGGCGCUAGCGGCAGGUUUCAGCGACCGCACGCCCGCCCACACUGUCACCAUGGCCUGUAUAUCAUCCAACCAGGCUAUCACUACUGGUAUUGGUAUGAUUGCGGCUGGCGCCUACGACAUCAUCGUCGCCGGCGGCGUCGAGUUCAUGUCUGACGUGCCCAUCCGGCACUCGCGCAAGAUGCGCUCCCUGCUGCUGCGCGUCAACCGGGCCAAGACCCCCGCGCAGCGCCUGUCGCUGCUCGCCUCCAUCCGGCCGGACUUCUUCGCGCCCGAGCUCCCCGCCGUGGCCGAGUUCUCGUCCGGAGAGACCAUGGGCCACAGCGCGGACCGGCUGGCGGCCGCUUUCGGCGCCACCCGCCAGGAGCAGGACGACUACGCCCUGCGCUCCCACAAGGCCGCCGCCGAAGCCCAGGCUAAGGGAUACUUCACCGAUCUCAUACCCGUGAAGGUGGACGGUAAGGACGGCCUGGUAGACAAGGACAACGGUAUCCGCGUGUCCACUCCCGAGCAGCUCGCCAAGCUGAAGCCGGCGUUCAUCAAGCCGCACGGCACCGUCACCGCCGCCAACGCGUCCUUCCUGACUGACGGCGCCUCGGCGUGCCUGGUGAUGCCGGAGGCCAAGGCGAAGGAGCUCGGCUUCAAGCCCAAGGCUUAUCUGAGGGACUUCACUUACGUCGCCCAGGAUCCCGUGGACCAGCUGCUGCUGGGCCCCGCGUACGGCAUCCCCAAGAUCCUGGACAAAGCCGGCCUCACCAUGAAGGACGUCGACUCCUGGGAGAUCCACGAGGCCUUCGCCGGUCAAAUCUUGGCCAACCUGAAGGCGAUGGACUCUGACUGGUUCGGUCAGACCUAUCUGAAGAGGCAGGGCAAGGUGGGCUCUCCUGACAUGUCCAAGUGGAACAACUGGGGAGGCUCUCUGUCCAUCGGACACCCCUUCGCUGCCACCGGUGUCCGGCUGGCGAUGCACACGGCCAACCGGCUGGUGCGCGAGGACGGACAGAUCGGCGUGAUCAGCGCGUGCGCCGCCGGCGGGCAGGGCGUCGCCAUGAUCCUCGAGAGGCACCCCGACGCCACCGCCGACUAGGCGACACUUCAAUCCGUGGCCUUAGAAAUAGUUUUUUCACCACACCAGCUCGGAAAGGCUAACUUUGCACUUCAAAAACUGAUAGCAAAGUUGCAUUUUAUUCACAUGUGAGGCAAAGUAAUUAAAUGCAAAUUUUGAGUUGUUUUCUUAUGUUUGCUGGUAGAAUUGACUUUUAAAUGAUGAUUUUGGAUGAUAAAUAUUUAAUAACAUUCAUUUGGAUUUGAUUUGGUUUGAUUUUGUUUGAUAUUUUACAUUUUAUAUUUGCUUCAGGUUGGUGUGGUGAAAAAUUUUGUGUUUCACUAGGGGGCAAAUUUUGUUUAACCCUCGUGCUUUGAAACCCUCGCAACGCUCAAGAUUCCAUUUUUCGAACCACUCGCUACGCUCGUGGUUCAUUUUUGGAAUCUUUCGCUUGCUCGGGUAUCAAUAUUAGCACGAACGGUUAAACAACAAUUUUGCCCCCUUGUAAAACAAAUAACUAUUUUUCUGUCUGUUAUGCAAAUAAUAAAAAUCUCUUCCGACUUAGGAAAAACCACUGCCUAAAAGAAGGUGUCAUUUUAUUUAGGCAAGUAAAUAAUUUCAAUCUUAAUCGUUGUAAUUUUCCCCAAAAUAAGCCUAAAAUAUGGAAAAGCUACGAGUAUGACGAUUACGUAUGUAAUAUUCGUCACUCUCUGAAUAUAUUAGAUCAAGAUCAAAAGAAACUCAAUCAUUGAGACCUAUUGGUGUGUAAUCAUUAUUUUACAAAAAACAAUAAAAUACGCCUUAUUUCAUAAAGUCACGUCAAAACUAAGAAGUAUGUGCAUGUUUGUGUAGUUAUUCUUAUUAAGAACAGAAUUGUAAUCUAAAUUAACGUUUUGUAAGAUUUACCUAUUUAUUACAUGAUAGGUUAAGUGUAAUACAAUGACAAAGAGAAAUUUCUAAGCAUGUCCUACAUCUAAUUGGGUAAGAAAUAUGAUGAAAUAUGUAUGUAAUCAAUUAUUUUAUUAAAGAAUGUUAGUAAAA